UUUCAUUUUCUUAUCCCUCCAAGUCUCCUCAGUCCUCACGAUCGUUUCUGAGUAGAUUAUAAGAUUUGUGCAAUUCAAAAGCGGAAAAAAAGCUUAUUCGACUCUGGGUUUUUUGUUGCUGUUAAUAUAUAGACGUGAGGGAAGCGAAUCCAUGGAUAUAGACACUGUUGUUGCUUCUGUUUCGAAAGUUGUUUCUUCUGAUUUGCCUGUUAAGAGGCCGAGAGAAGGAGAAGGUGAAGCUGUGAUUGAUACCAACGAAAACGGUGUCUCUGUUUCGUCUGUAUCUGUCGAGAUGGAGAAUAGGAAAGAGCCCGAUUGCAUCUCUUCUGUUAUCCCUGGGUGGUUUUCUGAAAUUAGCCCAAUGUGGCCUGGAGAAGCACACUCGCUGAAGGUAGAAAAGAUCUUAUUUCAGGGGAAAUCUGAAUACCAAAAUGUGAUGGUAUUUCAGUCAUGUACCUAUGGGAAGGUUCUUGUCUUGGAUGGGGUGAUUCAGCUCACGGAGAGGGAUGAAUGUGCGUAUCAAGAAAUGAUUACUCACCUUCCUCUUUGUUCUAUUCCGAAUCCAAAGAAGGUGUUGGUUAUCGGUGGAGGAGAUGGUGGUGUUCUACGAGAAGUAUCUCGCCAUUCUUCAAUUGAGAAGAUAGAUAUAUGUGAAAUUGAUAAAAUGGUUGUUGAUGUUUCCAAGCAGUUUUUUCCAGAUGUAGCAGUUGGUUAUAAGGAUCCCCGUGUGACCCUCCAUGUCGGUGAUGGAGUAGCAUUUUUGAAAGCUGUUCCUGAAGGUACAUAUGAUGCUGUCAUAGUGGAUUCUUCUGAUCCAAUUGGGCCUGCACAAGAGCUUUUUGAGAAGCCUUUCUUUGCAUCGGUAGCAAAAGCUCUCCGCCCAGGUGGAGUUGUGUGUACCCAGGCAGAAAGCAUAUGGCUUCACAUGCACAUCAUUGAAGAUAUCGUCUCAAACUGUCGACAGAUAUUCAAAGGUUCCGUCAACUAUGCUUGGACGACGGUCCCUACAUACCCCAGUGGAGUGAUUGGUUUCAUGCUUUGCUCCACCGAGGGGCCACCAGUUGACUUCAAGCAUCCAGUGAACCCCGUAGAUGCUUGUGGGAGUAAUAGCAGAGGACCAUUAAAGUUCUACAACUCAGAGAUCCAUUCAGCUGCAUUCUGUUUGCCAUCUUUCGCGAAGAAGGUGAUUGAUUCCAAAGCUAAAUGAGGAAAACAUCUAAAGAACAUAGGCUAGUAGUGUUUAGCUAUUGUAAUUUACUUGCCAAUCUCCCUCAUUGAGACGGUCCAUAUUUUGUAUUGGGCUGCUGAAUAAAUUGAGGUCUGAAUAUUCACAAUAAUAAAUACACAAUUUGAGGCUGAAAUCACAAAUGGUUCUACU